AGGAGGAGAGGCUGCAGGUUCCCGGCGCCGGCGCCCUGCCCCCCUCCAUCCGUCCAGCAAAGACGGCCGGACAGCAGGACCGGCCCAGGUCCAAGCCAGGAGCAGCGCCUCCAGCCUGGGCGAGACCGAGCCUCCCGGGGGCCCCUUGCCCCAUCCGGCCGCCCCCGGCCGCACCAUGCCCCUGCGGCUGCAGACGUCCGGCCCGGCCCAGCCGGGGCUGCCCGCCAAGUCCAGGCCCCGGCCUCCCUCGCCGGGCCCGGCCCCCGGGGGACUGCUGCGCUGGGACCAGGUGCCCCCGGACUUCGUGGAGUGCUUCAUCCUGUCCGGCUACCGCCGGCGACCCGACUCCCUGCGCCAGUGCCUGGCCACCCUGCUGCAGCCCACCAACGAGACCCUCAACUUCUGGACGCACUUCGUCCCGCUGCUGCUCUUCCUGGCCCGCUUCGCCCGCCUGCUGCUGCUGGGGGGCGGGGGGCGUCCGGGGCAGCCCCCGCCCCGGGCCCUGGCCCCGGCCCUGCUGCCCCUGUGGUGCUACGCGUCCGGCGUGCUGCUGACCCUGGCCGUCAGCUGCGCCGCCCACCUGUGCAGCUGCCUGGCCCCCCGCCGCCGGGCCGCCCUCUUCUACCUGGACUACGCCUCCAUCAGCUACUACGGCUUCGGGUCCACCCUGGCCUACCACCACUACCUGCUGCCGGGCCUCCGCCUGCUGGACGCGGCCGCGCUGGACCCUCUGGUCCACGCCAGGCUGGGCUGGCGCGUGGACUGCGCCCGCCUGCUGGCCGCCUACCGCUCCCUGGUCCUGCCCGUGGGCUUCGCGCUGGCCGUGGCCUGCACCGUGGCCUGCUGCCGGAGCCGCUCGGCCCGCUGCGCCCGGCCCUUCGCCCUGCGCACCUUCGUCUUCGCCCUGCCGCUCAGCAUGGCCUGCCCCAUCGCCCUGGAGGGCCUGCUCUUCGACCUCAGGCGCCGGGAUCCCGCGCUGCUGGCGCGCUUCGUCCGCCGCUACCUCUGGCUGGGCCUGGCGGCCUUCUUCAACGUCAGCAAGCUCCCCGAGCGCGCCUGGCCCGGUCGCUUCGACAUCGUGGGACACAGCCACCAGCUCUUCCACGUCUUCACGGCCCUGGGCAUCUACGAGCAGGUCUGCUACGUGGAGGAUGCCCUGGGACGCUCCCUGGACACCGUCGCGCCCACGCUGCCCGGCACCGUGGGCUACAUGGCCCUGCUGGCGCUCUGCCUCGGGCUCGUGGUGCGACGCUACCUCGCCGGCUCGGACCUGGUGGCCAAGCAGGACUGACCGCCGACCCCCCCCGGCCCCGGACGGUCCUCUCCCUCCCACCCACCGACGGCCCUCAAGGCCCUUCCCCGGGCCGCCCGGAUCCCCCCGCGUCGCCCAGCCCGGCCUGGGCGUCUCCGGCCGGACCGCGGGGGUAGCGGGGAGGUGGGAAGGGGGCCGCUCACCCUGCGGAUCCCCCGACGGACUGACAGACGUGGACGUUGGCGCGGAUCCGUGGGCAUCGCGCGGGGGCUGACGUCCCCCGCACGUGGCGGGAAUUCCCCGAGGGUGGACACUUGGGUUUGCUUUCUUUUCCUCAAUUUGGUGGCUUUGGAGGCCUCCACAUACACUGGAACUGGAUUGUAAGUGCAAACAGAUCCCUAGCUGCCUGCCUGACUGUCUAAACAAUGUUUCCUUUCCAUUGUGUUCGCGUGCAUGUGUAUGCGUGUGUGUGUGUGUGUGUGGUGUCAUACCUAGUGUGUUUGUGUAGGGUCACACAUAUGUGUAUGGGCAUACACGCUUGGGGGGGGGUCGUACCUAUGUGUGUUUGUGUAUGGUCACGCAUGUGUAUGUGUGAAUGGGCACAUGUGUGGGUGUGGGGGGAUCAAACCUAUGUUUUGUAUGGUCACACAUAUGUGUAUGUGUGUAUGGGCAUGUGUGUGUGUGUGUGUGUGUGUGUAGGGGGGUCAUACCUAUGUGUGCUUGUGUAUGGGCACACAUAUGCAUAUGUGUGGACGGGCUUACAUGUGUGAGAGAGAUGAUCUGACUGCAUGACACGGCCCGGGGAAACUGGCUAGGAAACAGUCUCUGGCUCACAGUUGCGCUUGUCACUGUCGAGACACCGCAGUCUCCCUUAGGUUUUCUGCCCCGUGUCCCGCGGGACUUGGGGCCGAGGCUUCCUGCCAGAUUGACGCGAGGUACCUGAGGGUGGGAGAGCGGGGGAGGCCGGGCCCGUCGGACUUGGCUGCGAUGUGGGCACAUGCUCUAUUUCUGAGCAGUGACAGAGAAAUGCAUCGUGACAGUUCCGGCUCCAGAGGCCAGGAAGCGAGCAAUCACACAGAUUGAACCCCGCAGCGUUUGCGGCGGCAUUCACCUCAGGCUACCUGAAGGCCUGAAGUCUUCCAGAUCCAGAUUGGGUCGACACCAGGCAACGACUCUGGGGUUAAUCUAAAUCACUUGGAAGAGAGCCAACACCCUCCUCUCUCCUCCCCUCUUGCUCCCCAAACGUUGGGUUUGGUGCUUCUGAAUUACGUGGGCAUUUCUCACAGAUAAUAAUGAUGAGUAACCCAGCUUUGGCAAUAUGGGCAAAGCAUCCAGCUGUGUUAUCGUCUCACUUGCGGAUGAGCAAACUGUUUUUUUAAGAUAAUUUCACCGGGCCAGAGAGGUGACAUCUGUGGUCAGUGUGAGCUUACUUCAAGCCGUUCACAGUGGACAGCCCCCCCCGUUUAACUAUUUAUGUGUAGAGAGAGACAUCCCUCUGCAUGCCUGAUCCAGAUUCUGAAAUUUCCCAGAAGGAAUCUGUGUAUCCCAGUUUGUCCUCCUGCAUCAGCCGGCAUAUGAAAGUGACAUUUCCAUUUGUUUCUACUUGAGAGAGUUUUGCCCUCGGAUUUCUGAGCGUCAUUCUGAUUCCCUGUUUUUCAGUUCUCCAUCUAUCUCCGCUGUGGUCCUCACUCGGAGGUCCCAGAGGUGGUCGAGGUUGGCCGUCUAUUGCAGUCUCCUUGUCCCCCUCUGGCCCCUGCUCUCCAGCAUGCACGUUCACAUACAGUCCGAGGAGCCUGUAGACAUCAGCACAUUUGUGUAAAGUCAUAGAAGCCUGUAGGAAUCGGCACA